AUGGACAACUCUCGAGAUGACAGCGACCGGGGUGACCAGGAUGCCUCUCCUGACCGCCAUGAUCAUGCACGUCGUCGUGCAGUCCAACGAGCGGGCGAACGCACCCACGCUGUUCAACGAGCUGAUGUGGCGCAGGGUCUGCUUCGGUACACCCACAACCCUGAAGGUGUGGUUGCAAGAGGCUCUGUCGACCAAGCUCCCAACAGUCAGUCGCCAGCCCCCCUCGGUGCUGCCGAUGACCGACAAGAACAACCUCGUGGCAACUCUCUGAACCUUGCUGUUCGUGGAGCUCGUCCUACCACCACAGUCAGUAGUGCCCAGGCACUUGGUCGCGAUGAUGAUGGCUGGACUACCGGUUCUUUUGCUGCUAUUCGUGCGGACCGAGCUCGAGCUCGAGCCCGAGCCCAAGCAGGAAUCGGUUCUUCUCAGACCACCCGCAACGGUCAAGCUUCGAACAAUGCCUUCAUCGCAGACGGACCUCUUCCAUCGGCUGAUGGUGCUGCCCCUGCACAGGGAACUAUGCCAGCGGUUGGUCACGAGGCCUGGAUCACCGUGCAGUGCCCCAACGACCAGUUCUACACUGUCAGGGUGGACUUGAGUAAUGCGAUGCCUUCUGCUACAUACAACAUCACCAUCAACAUCCCAGCAUGCCCGCCACAGUCGCCCCCGUUGCCUCGGUCCCCGCAACCCUCUCCAUCCUCAUCACGCUAG